CCAAGAGAGAGUCGCGCUUUGUGUGCCUUUUUAGCCGGACGCUCCCCGGAGCCUGAUGCUGGCGACUUCUUUCCUUCUCAUGUCUAUACCAUGGCGAGACUUGUACCGAUGAAAGAGCAUGACAUGUUAUAGAUCAUCUUGAGCCAAACCCUCAGCAAACCUCCAUCACGAAGCCUCCACUCCUUUUCACCCCGCGUAUCACCAGCAUUCAGGCAUACACUUAGCACUUCAGAGUUUUAGGCCUAUCGUCUUCGCAAGGAUGCCCGACAAACCCCUCACCAUUGCGACCUACGCAGCUGGCGCGUCGCUGGCUGCAAUCACCCUCGUCUACGUCUUCGGUCCUACCUUCAUGCUCGACGAUGAAGCGGCGCAAUCAUCGAGAUCCACACGCAAGAGAGGAGUCGUCGGCCUCGUCAAUCCCGCCAAUGACUGCUUUAUCAACUCUGUCCUUCAGACCAUGGCUGGUCUCCCCGAACUGCGCAUCUACCUGAUCCGGGAACUGCAUCGACGAAAGCUGGACGGGAAAGAGAUAUACUCCAUUGUGGAACAACAUGAGGACGAGAUUUCGCCAAAUGAGGGCAAAGACAUUGUCAAGAUGAACGAGACGAAAGAGCCGAGUUGGAAGGUCUUGGGACUGCAGCAGGGACUCGUGACGGCUGGACUGAAGGAUAUUCUGGACGCGCUUAAUGAGCGACCUAUCUACAAGAAGACCAUCUCGGCCCGUACCUUUGUCAGUGUCAUGGAGACGGCCUUCAAGACACGUAUCAGCCGACAGCAGCAGGAUGCUCAAGAGUUUCUACAAAUCGUGGCCGAGAGGCUGAGUGAGGAAUAUCACGCUGGAAGGAAUGCCAGAAGAAAGGCAAAGUCGCUCAAGAGCCCCAGCACAACUACACUCAGGGCUCCCGAGUCUGAAGAUGAGAAGACGAAUGGGCACGCAAACCGGUCAAACACACUCCGACCUCAAGAGUCAGCCCGCGGUCUCCAAGCAAAAUCAGAGAUUGAGCAGAUCCGUCAGAGCGUACACCAAUUACCACAAGCAGAAGACGAUGAUCUGCAAGACGAUCCAGGCUUCCCUUUUGAGGGAAAGAUCGAGGCCCAGAUUGAAUGCAUGACAUGCCACUACAAACCCAAGCCUUCAGCAUCAGGCUUCGUCACGCUCACCCUGAACGUACCACACCACUCAUCCACCACACUGAAUGCAUGUUUCGAUGGCAUGCUGAAGGUUGAGCAUAUCGACGAUUACAAAUGUGAGCGAUGCCGCCUGGAACACGCCAUUCAAGUCAGAACAAAAGAACUAUCACGCGUGACAGACGACCAGACACGAGACACACUUGCUCACGAGCUUUCUCAAAUGGAACGCGCAUUCGCCACAGAUCCGGAGGAUUUGCCCAAACACAUCAAGUUGCCGGAUCCUUCUCUAGCGCCCAAACGUCGCAUAUCACGCCAUAUGCGCAUUAGCAAUUUCCCCAAAGUUCUCGCCAUCCACUUGUCGCGAAGUGUUUGGGACCCCAACUCAAGCAGCAGUAAGAACAUGGCCAAAGUUAGCUUCCCAGAGACACUGCCAUUGGGAGGUCUGUUGGACCAACAUUCAUACCGGUUGUUGGGCGUAGUAACGCAUAAGGGUGGCCAUAACAGUGGCCACUACGAGAGUUUCCGACGACAAUACCUCGCUGAGCCGUAUAGUGCUAAACUUAGUAUGGGCACACAAGGCAUGUACUCAGCACAAGGAACACCUAGAGCAAGUGGCAUGCCCAGCCCGAUGCUGGAACCUUCAACGCCAGGCCUCACACAUUCACCUUCCAGCAGUGGAAACAGCACAUCGUCCCGCUCCUCGUCAGUAAGGAAGCGCUUCUCUUUGCGUCAUCGCCAGCAUUCAAAAACCACUGAUGCAAAUGGUGACGAGAAAGACACUGUUAGUAGCAGCAGUGGUGCUGAGACCAACGGUCACAUCAAGUCGACGUCUGAACCCACACAUCAACAAACUCAACGUACAUCUUCAAGAGCUGGCAAGAGCUUGGAUUUAAGCAGGUUAAAACGAAAGCAAAGGAACCAACACAACAGGUGGUGGAGGAUCAGCGACGAUAAGAUCAAAGAGUCCAAGACCAGUGAUGUGCUAGGCAUGCAGAGAGAGGUCUAUCUGCUUUUUUAUGAAAUCGUGACUCCCGAGGUUUGAGUGAGUUGGGUAUCUGUUCUUUCUAUCUUCACAUAUCGCGGCGCAUGUUUCUCUUACUUUGCGCUGGAACAUAUUCUCACAUGUACAUUGGUUGCUCUUUUCUCUGUACAUAUUCCCAUCUGUUUGCUCUAUACCUGAACGACAUACUUGGUCUGGAAUCGAAAUCGAACAAUUCCAAACAACUUUCAAACAAUCUCUCCUUCCAGAGCCAAAGCCAGGCUUGCCAAUCGGCUUGUAGCAAUGUACAGUAAUUUUGCUUGUCCGUUGAGAGCUCGCCUAACUAUACCAUCUCAAAUGUUUGCUGUGUUGUUUGCGUACCACAGACUUACUGGCGAGACUCUAUAGUGACCUAGCCUUUGCAGGAUAGGAAUUUUGAAUCCCGAUCAUCCUCCUUCUCCAUCGCUAUCUUUCUCCUUUUGUGUUUAACCAUC